GGCUCGGAGCGCGGGCCAGGCGCGGCGGCCGGAGCGCGGCGUCGCCGCUGUUUUUGUUUGUUUGCCUUUCCAUGCAUGCAUAAUGAGGGGGCGCCGCGGCUCCGCGCGGGGGCUCCCGGCCCGCUUUUGUAUUUAAAGCCUCGCCGCGAGCGAGUCCGCAGCCCAGCUCAGCCGAUCUGCUCCUGGCCUUUGGUGCCCAAGCAGCCGCCGCGAGGAGCAGGGACCGCUGGCCGGUCUCGCCGCGCCUUGUUCUCCGCGCCCUGGACGCAGCUUCCCGAGUUCGGCGAGGCCGGCGAGGGGGAGGGGACGCGGCCGGGCCGGGCCGGAGGGCGGGCGGCGGCGGGCGCAGGCAGGGAAGCAGCGCGAUGCGAGAGCCGGCGGCGGCGGCGGCGCGGCACUGAGCCCGGGAGAAGGAGCUGCCGCGGCCGCCCUGCGGAUCUGCAGCGCCAAGCAAAAUGCAUCCGCGGCGCAGCGCGCUCCUGCAGUCCUGCCGCAGCCCGGCGACCCGCAGCCCCCCGAGGCGGCAGUGAGCGCCUCCCGCCACCGCCCGGGGCCGAGCAGGGACGUGCACUUCCAGGAAGCCGCGGCGCUCGAGGGGAGCCCACUUCAGCCAGCAGCGGGACAGCGGCCAGCGGCGCGCAUGGAUUUAUGAAGACGCUCAUGCAAGGAGGGGGCAGGACUCGGGCAAACUUUUCAGCCGGCUCCGCGUCCGCCGCUCCCCGCGCCUCCGCUCCUCUCCGCGCCGCGCCCGGCGGCCACCGCUGCCCGCGAUGGUGGCCGCGCUGCUGGGCGGCGGCGGCGGGGCCCGCGGUGGGACCGUGCCGGGCGCCUGGCUGUGCGUGAUGGUGCUGCUGCAGCUGCUGGGUUCGGCGCCGCGGGGCUCCGGGUUGGCGCACGGCCGCCGCCUCAUCUGCUGGCAGGCGCUGCUGCAGUGCCAGGGGGAGCCGGAGUGCAGCUACGCCUACAGCCAGUACGCUGAAGCGUGCGCGCCGGUGCUGGCGCAGCGCGGUGGGGGCGACGCUCCGGGGGCCGCCUCCGCCGCCUUCCCGUCGCGCUGGCGCUGCCCCAGCCACUGCAUCGCGGCGCUCAUUCAGCUCAACCACACGCGGCGCGGGCCCGCGCUGGAGGACUGUGACUGCGCGCAGGACGAGAACUGCAAGUCCACCAAGCGCGCCAUCGAGCCCUGCCUGCCCCGGACGAGCGGCGGCGGCGCGGGCGGCCCGGGCGCGGGCGGGGUCAUGGGCUGCACCGAGGCUCGGCGGCGCUGCGACCGCGACAGCCGCUGCAACCUGGCGCUCGGCCGCUACCUGACCUACUGCGGCAAGCUCUUCAAUGGGCUGCGCUGUACCGACGAGUGUCGCGCGGUCAUCGAGGACAUGCUGGCCGUUCCCAAGGCGGCGCUACUCAACGACUGCGUGUGCGACGGCCUCGAGCGGCCCAUCUGCGAAUCAGUCAAGGAAAACAUGGCCCGCCUGUGCUUCGGCGCCGAGCUGGGUACCGGCCCAGGCAGCAGCGGCUCGGACGGCGGCCUGGACGACUACUAUGACGAGGAGUACGACGAAGAGCAGCAGCGCCCCGGGGCCACGGGCGCCGAGCAGCCUCUGGACGAUGAAGGCGGCGGCUCGCGCCCGGGCGGCGGCGCUGCGGGACCGGGCGGCCGUGGGGACCUGCCCUCCGGGCCUGGGCGCAGGAGCAACAGCCGCGGCCACCGCGCGGCGCCCCGGGGCGCUGGGGCCGCGCUCGGCUCCAUCUUGGUGCUGCUGCUCCGGCCGCUCCUCUAGUCGUGCCUGCGCCGGGCACCUGCGGCCGGCCGGCCGGGGACCCUCCAGGGCGACUCGGCCUGGCCAGGGUCCUUACUGCCUGCACUCUGCCCAUCUCCUCUCCAAACUCGAGGUCUUGACCCUCCUUCCACCCCCGUCCUGGCUCCAGAAACAGCACAGGGCUCUGGCUGCGGAAGCCAAGCCUGGAGUUACGGACACCCUGCAGGAAACGGCGCGGAAGACUGGACCGAGUCUGCAAAGUGCUGGCCUUGGGUCUAAGUUCCGAGGGACUGCGCUGAGGGAUGAAGAACACGAAGGGGCCGGGUAUUAGCGUUUUUCUUGUGAGGGGGUAAAGUAGUACUUGUGGAUAGUGAGGACAGCACAAUCGUAAGUAAAAAGUCACGGAUUCAUUGAUUACUGGGUGUCAGCGCCCAGAGUGUUCGGUGAGGAGUGGUGGGAGGUGGCGAUUGCCUGGGAGGGACUCCUAAAUUAGUUUCUGAUAACUCAGAGCCCUUGACCUUAAAUUUCAUUGCUACUAUUUUGAUCAUUUAGCGCAUUUCUUAGGGUUAAGAGUCUAAAAAUGCUGAUCUGAAGAAUUACUAGGGCAUUGAACAAUGCCGCUUUUUAUUUAAAAAGCUCUGCACUGCCAUCUGUGAAAGGCUCUUUAUGGUGUUUGCGUUGCUGUCAGUUUUUUCUUUACAUCAAGAAAUCGUAUGUUCAGGCAUGCGGAGAACAUAUAUUGUAUCUGCCCCUAUCAGGGUGCUAAACCUUGGUACAUCUUAUAUAAAGUGUAUUAAGACUGGAGUUUGUUACCAGUUGCUGUACUUUGUAUAUAUAAUUUUUAUAAAUUGUAUGCUUCAGAAAUAAUUUAUUUUUAAGAAGAAAUUAAAAGUUUUAAAUCUACAUCCAUGUUAAAUCUUUUAUUCCCAGAAAUGUAUAGAAUUCACUUGUCACCAGGGAUCCAAAUCCAGAAUCCACUUGGAAGUGUGGUCUGUUGAGAACAGCCUUAAAAUGUACAGUGUAUUUUAAUAGAUUGGAAGUAACAUUCUUAUUUUCAAAAGAAUUUAUGGACAUUGUAGAAAUGUAUAAAUGCAUUUCCAAACUGCCUUAAACAUUGUAUUUUUAUAGACCUCAUUUUUUAAAGUCCUAUGAUUUAAAUAACUAUGGCUUCGUGUAUAUUUUUGGUUUCAUUAAAAUGUGUACAUCACUAAAGAGAUUAUAAACAAUGAA